AUGUCAGAAGGGAGGCCCAUUGUGCAGGAGGCGAAGCCGAUCUCGUGGCAGCGGCUUGCUUUGACAGCGGGAGCCGUCGCCGGAGCCGUCGUUAUUCUGGAUACAGCGAUGAAUAGAGACAUACGAGACCCUCUCAACGAGUCCGAGAGGAACCUUCUUAACAAAAGCUUCCAAUAUACGGGAGCAGGGCUCACUCUGACUGCGUUGGCGGCCCGGAGUCUCUUCCGAUCGGGAUUUGCAUUUAGGAUUAUGGCAGCCAAUCCAUGGGUGGUCCUUGGUGUUGGUCUGGUUGGGGGAAUUGGUACCAUGAUGGGCACAAUGUACACAGCACCAGAGAAUACCUUCCAGAAGCAUCUGUUCUGGCUGGCUUUCAAUGGUUGUCAGGCUGCUACAUUGAGCCCGUUGUUCUUCUUCAGCCCGGCGAUUCUCUCAAGAGCAGCACUGUACACGAUUGGAGUCGUUGGCUCCAUUUCGUACAUCGGAGCAACGGCGACAAAUGACAAAUAUCUGCACAUCGGAGCUCCUCUUCUGGCUGGCGUCACUGUCGUUGCUCUCAGUUCCCUCGCUCCAAUGGUCCUUCCUAUGGGUAUCCGCGCGCUUGCCAUCAGCGAAUCGAUCUCUUUGUAUGGUGGCUUGGCUGUCUUCGGUGGUUUCGUCCUCUACGACACGCAAAAGAUUCUCAACCACGCCCGCAUGGCAGAGCGAGGCUUGAUGAAGGCAGAUCCCAUCAACGAAUCUCUCAGCCUUGAGCUUGAUAUGAUCAACAUCUUUAUUCGACUUGUUCAAAUUCUGGCCCUUCGUUCGAAUAACAACAAGUGA